AUGAAGACACAGGAAGGGGGAUGUACGGUAAUCCAGAAACGAGCUCGAGAAAACGAAUACCUUAGCUUUGUCAAAACAUGGGAUGAACAUAAGAACGGUUUCGGAACACCAGAAAAUGAUACCUGGAUAGGCGACAGUAUGUUAGAUACAGGAAAUUCCCAGUAUGACCUAUCAGGGAUGUACUUCAGUACUCCGGAGAGGGACAAUGACAAUGCUCCGCAUGCUGACUGUGGGCUCUUCACAAGGGAGGAUGGUGGUUCAACAAGUGCCACAAGGCCUUCCUUAACGGUCGCUGGGAAGAAGAUGUCCUCUGGCUGGCCCCUUGUCGGAGUGUGUGACAGCCAUGAUUGCCAGAAUGGAACUUUUGAAACAGACGAGUCCAAUUCAAAAGAUCACACGUACAAAUGUUUCAAUGGUUAUGUGGGGAACAAUCACGAGGCAGUGUUAGUGAAAAACUUUGUAUUAGAAUUAAAUGCGUAUGAACGUCUGUUAUUCGACAGUGUGAUAAAUACGGGAGAUCCGGAUAAAUACGAUCUGUUGGGCAUGUCCUUUAGUACUUCUGAUGUUAAUAAAGACCUGAGUGUCGGAUUUUACUGCACCGCUGGGGCUAAAGUGGGCUGGGUGUGCAGGGAUUGCUAUUCCGCCUUCUUAAACAGCCCCUGGUCAUCUACAGCCUGGAGGGACCCUGGGCAGCUGUCAUCCGGUCUGGGAAGGAAGUGCGCCAAACACAUGAUGAUUAAACGCCAAUAG